CUUUUAGUUGGGACACAAGCAAUACAUAUACAGCACUUUGAUUAAAGUUUGAGCACAUUUACAAAAGCGAAGCUGAAUACGACAGUGCACAUUCACUGUUUACCAAGUUUUAUUUGUAAAUUCAUCUACAUCAGCACCCAAAAUGCCUUUUGUCGCAAUCGAACACCCAAAAUGCCCCAAAUGCUCCAAAUCGGUGUAUGCUGCUGAAGAACGAAUUGCCGGAGGAUACAAAUGGCAUAAAAUGUGCUUCAAAUGUGGAUUAUGUGGCAAGUUUUUGGAUUCCACAAAUUGUGCAGAACACGAAAAAGAGAUUUACUGUAAAAAUUGCCAUGGAAGGAAAUACGGACCUAAAGGAUAUGGAUUCGGUGGUGGAGCAGGAUGCCUAAGUACAGACAGUGGUGAACAUCUUGAAAAUACAUCAUAUUAUCAUAAUUCUAAUGCUGCUUUGGAAUCGAGGUCUGUUUCCAAAGCUCCCGAUGGAGAUGGAUGUCCACGUUGCGGUGGAUUUGUGUACAUGGCUGAGAAAAUGUUAGCCAAAGGCAGAUCAUGGCAUAGAGAGUGUUUCAAAUGUUCUACAUGCAAGAAACGUUUGGACUCAGUUAACUGUUGUGAAGGUUCUGAUAAAGAUAUUUACUGUAAAGUAUGCUACGGCAAAAAAUUUGGGCCAAAGGGUUACGGUUAUGGUCAAGGAGCAGGAGCUCUUCAAAGCGAUCCCUCUUAUAAUGGGAAUGUCAGUACAUCUCGUGCUCCAAUUAUUGAUUCAAGUACUACUUCUAUAAAGGCGAAACCAGGAGAAGGAUGUCCACGUUGUGGCGGAGUAGUCUUUGCCGCUGAACAAGUACUUGCUAAGGGUAAUGAAUGGCAUAGAAAAUGUUUCAAAUGCAAAGAUUGCAACAAGACUUUGGAUUCGAUAAUUGCUUGUGAUGGUCCAGACCGUGAUGUGUACUGUAAAACUUGCUAUGGUAAAAAAUGGGGUCCUCAUGGUUAUGGAUUUGCUUGUGGAUCAGGAUUCCUCCAAACAGAUGGAUUGACCGACGAACAAAUAUCAGCUUCGCGACCAUUUUUUAAUCCCGAUACUACGUCUAUUAAAGCAGCAAAUGGAGAAGGAUGUCCGAGAUGUGGAGGAAAAGUAUUUGCAGCUGAACAACAAUUGGCUAAAGGCACAAUGUGGCACAAGAUAUGCUUUAAUUGUUCUACUUGCCAUCGGCCAUUAGACUCUACAUUAGCUUGUGAUGGACCCGACAAGGAAAUUUACUGUCGACCGUGCUAUGGAAAACAAUUUGGACCCAAAGGAUUUGGAUAUGGACAUUCGCCAACUUUGGUCUCCACAAAAGGAGAAUCUACAACUUUAUUCUCGGAAGCGAGACCGACAUCUGGAAUUAAGAGUAGAAAUGGCGGUGGUUGCUUGAGAUGUGGAUAUGAAGUUUACGCAGCUGAACAGAUGAUUAGUAAAAAUAAGGUUUGGCACAAGAGAUGUUUUACUUGUGCCGAUUGCAGCAAAUCGUUAGAUUCAAUGAACGUGAACGAUGGUCCAGAUGGCGACAUACAUUGCAAACCUUGUUAUGCUAAAUUUUUCGGGCCAAAAGGUUGCGGCUUCGGUUUGGGUGCUGGUGUUCUAUCUACAGCAUAAAUAUUACAAUAACCAAAAAAUAUGCAAACUAAAAUCCAAAGAAUAUAACUUUUUAAACAAAUUUU